CCUCCCCGUUUGGUUCCUAAUGAAUUUACCCCAGCAAGGCAUCUGGGCGCUAUUGGACCACGUGACCGGUUAGGACAGCCAUCGUUUUACCUAAUUCAUGUCCAACCCAAAAUGGGAAAGGGGUGCGAGGACUGCAGAGGAUAAAACGAACAGCAAUGGUAUCGUUUAGGAGUUUUGUUUCAAUCUCAAAACCUCGUUUUUCAAAUCCUCUGUAGGUUCUAUUGGUUGAAAAAAAAAGUAACCAAGCAAAGGUGGGAUUGAACCAGCAGCUGGCCUGAACCUGUUAACUGGCAACCAGGAGCAGGGACACCAAUCCAGCCUCCUGAUUGGCUGUGACAAACAGGCUGUGGAGAGGAGGGGGAAACUAACAAUCAACUGAUUUUGAUUUGCUCCCCCCUUUUUUUAUUUAUUCUUUGAGAACUCAGCAGGAGGACUUGGGCUCUGUGUUCUAACUUCCCAGACGAGCAUGGGGCAGAGCAUCCCUGGAGGCAUAAAGACUAUUGACAUGAGAGACCCGGCAUUCAGGCCUCUGAAGCUGGAGUUGGCAGCCCUGGACCACGCCAAGCCCUCCAGGCUGGAUCUGCUGCUGGACAUGCCCCCUGCUGGACAGGAGGUCCAGAUGCAGCACUCGUGGAACAACAACGACCGAUCGCUCAACAUCUUCGUCAAGGACGACAACAAACUGGUCUUUCAUCGGCACCCCGUGGCUCAGAGCACGGACGCCAUCCGGGCCUGUAUCGGCUACACCCGGGGGCUCCACGUCUGGGAGAUCAGCUGGGCCAUGAGACAGCGGGGAACGCACGCCAUUGUCGGCGUGGCGACAGGAGACGCGCCGUUACAUUCUGUAGGCUACACGACCCUGGUGGGUAAUAACCACGAGUCCUGGGGCUGGGACCUGGGACGAAAUAAACUGCACCACGAUGGGAAGAACCAGCCCAGUAAGACGUACCCUGCGUUCCUGGAGCCGGAUGACACGUUUCUAGUCCCCGACUCAUUCCUGGUAGUGUUGGACAUGGACGAGGGGACUCUGAGCUAUAUAGUGGACGGACAAUACCUUGGGGUGGCUUUCAGAGGACUCAAGGGGAGGAAACUGUACCCUGUCGUCAGUGCUGUGUGGGGGCACUGUGAAAUACGAAUCCGCUACAUCAAUGGACUCGAUCCUGAGCCUCUCCCUCUGCUGGAGCUGUGUCGGCGCUCUGUGAGGGUAGCUUUAGGCAGAGAACGACUGAGUGAGAUCCAUAGUCUGCCUCUACCGGCCUCUCUCAAGAAUUACCUUCUCUACCAAUGACCUCGGGACCCUCGGCACAACAGAACAUGCCUCCGAUCCGUCGGCUGCCCCUGCCGGCCUCAAUAAAGAACUACCAAGGGGCUGCCCUGUGCCCUCUCAUAAUAUACACUGAGUGUCACUGUCAGCCUCUGUCCAUAGGGCUGUCCCUAAUCAACUACUACCAAUUACAACUCAAGGGACGGUCCUGUCCCCUCACUAGGGACUGCCUUGUCCCUUCACAACCCUCAUCUUGUACACUGAGCACAGGCUCAGAACCACAUUCCACCUCUACUGGCCUCCAUCAAGAACUACUAAUGACCAAGGGAGGGUCUGGGACUCACUCACAACAUCUCUCUCCCCCGACUGCCCGUCUGUGCCCACCAAUAGAUACACAGAGCACGCCUCACCCUCGCUCACCUUCUUUGGGAUUGUUCCCACUGAGGGUAAACUAACCAGUUUAACAACCCAACAUAACUCCAGCUUCUGUGUUUCAUCUCCAUGACUAAUCCUCCCAACCCAGCCCUCAGGGCUCAUUUCUACUAAUCACAUUACACCACAGAGUGAGAAGAACACUGUGUGAUGCUUGGCAUGUUCAAGAAGCUAUAGAGACAGUGGUUGAUGUUGGGUCAGUUUUUAAAAUAUAUAUUUUUAAUAAUCGGCGCAUACAAUGAACACCCGCCAAAUGUGGGAAGAUUUAGGUUUUGGCGGGUGGUCAAUUUGCAGGGCUCCACAGUGCCAGCGUUACAUUCACCAAUAAAUAAAUAAAUAGUCUGAAGAAUUCUGCAAUAGCUGUUUUCAAAGUAUUUCUGUUUUGUUUCGUAGCUGCUAAUUAUACUAAUCCUAUAUCCCACCUGGUGCAUCAACACCGCCUGGCAGGGGAGCUGAACUCACAUUCUAUAUCCCACCUGGAGCAGCAACACAGCCUGACAGGGGAGCUGAGCAGGGGAGCUGAGCUCACAUCCCAUAUCCCACC